CUACGCAUUUAAAAAAUAUAGUUGUAUUGAAAGUGAAAAUAUUCCGGGGUCAUUCGCAAGUGGACGGACUGUAUUUUGUACACAGGUUUUAAAAAUGGUUAUGCGGAAGGAUGUAGCCGUCGCUGCGAUGGUCAUCGGCUGUACCCUGUUGGUAUUGACGGUAAUCUCUGUGAUUUGUGGUUCCGUCGCAAUGAGCAAGCUGUCCAGCCCUGCAGCUUAUGUUAGUAUUGGAAUAUGGGCACUUUAUUUCCUCAUUCCAAGUGCUUUCACUUUUUUUGGUGGAUAUAAAAAGUCGAAAAAUUUGUUGUCAGCGGCGAUUGGAGUGAAUUUCUUUGGAGUUCUUUUCGCGCUUGUUGGAAUGUCACUUUGCGCCGUAUUCUGGACGAUACUGGAAUCAAAUUGUGUCGAUGGCUUUAAAACCGUUAGAUUUUAUCAUUGGUAUCACUAUGAGAGGCAGGCUAACGAAUGUACGUGUGGGAACCAUCAAAAACACACAUACUCUGUUUCCUGCUCUGAUCUCAACACAGUACGCGAAGCAUCUGGAGCAGUAACGAUAAUUUUUGCUCUUUUGGCCAUCACCUGUUUCGUGGGAUGCAUCUAUGGCAGCAUUGGAACUUGCUGUACACAACGGCAACAAACGCGAACCGUUUUCACGACAACGACUCAACAACCUGCAGGCACAAUAUUAAUGACCACACAACCAACCCACAGGGGGGUUACAUCCAACAACCAAUCCAGGUUGCUUACAUCCAGCAACCGGUCCAGGGGGGGUUCAUCCAACAGCCAUUCCAGGGUGUUUACUUUCAACAAGCACCACCCGGAACUAUCCAACAAACACCCUCCGUUGCUAUCCAACAAGCACCCCCCGGUGCUAUCCAACAAGCCCCCCAAAGCAGUUACACCCCUCAACCAGUCCCGGUGGACAUCGGACAACCACCACCACCAUAUGAUCACCAAGCCAGUCAGAGUAACGUGGUCGUCGAUACCAAAUAAAGUCAAUAAAUUUCAUUUUAAAUUUGUCACUUUGACAUUAUCUUAUACUAACAUAUAUUUAUCGUAAGAGCAAAGUACAUGCAUCCUAAAAACUCUGAAGCAUAGAAACAAAACAAACGAAAAAAACUGCGUUGUUUAAAGUUCGGGGUUUUUUUCGAUUGAAUAUAUAGUGCCGGGAAAUGAUGCAGAACAUCUUUGAUGGGAUGUGCAGCAGUAAUGGAACUUUCUAGGAAUUUUGUAGCAUAGUGACCUCAAACGGCUUAAGAGCAACGUUAAAAAGACUACGAUGUUUAUAGAUUAUAAUUUAUUUCUCCACUUUAAGAAUUCCCAUAUCUCUAGGACAAGCAGUUCGUGAUUAACGCGUGAUCAUGCUGUGAUCAAAUGGCUGAUACAUUUGAAUUGAAU